AUGGCUACUUCCCAAAUCGGUCAUGGCCAGAUUGGCAAGAUUAUCGAAGACAUGGAGGAACUCCUACCUUCGGAAACCAUCGAUAGGGCUGACUAUCGGCGCUGUCGCACAACCUACGGCCUCUUAUCCACGGCAUACAAGCGCACGACCCAUUCUGAUGAACCAGAGAAGGAUUACAAAGAGUUGCAGAAACUUGAGAAAACUUUACGUGACCGUCUUUCCAACCUUGACCCUGCCAGAGGUCUUCCGCGCAAAUUCCAGGGUCCGCUCGACCAUCUCAAAGCAGGCAUCGACGGUGCUCUCGAGAUGGGUGUAACAGUCGAAUUUCUCAUUGAAGGUCUCAAGGAUAUCUUGAACGAGAAACCAGAUGCUACACCUGCGCCAAAGGUAGAACCGACUAGGCUGGUGCCUGAGAAGCGCCUCCAAAGGUAUCUAGAGGAGCUUCGCAUCGAGAAGGACAAGAACCGCAAACUGAACGAAGAGAACAACCGCCUCAUCCUGGAACUCAAGCAAUACAAGAUGCGAGAUGAUGCGUCCUCCGGUUGGCCGCCUCUCAAACCAGACGUCUCCUUUGUGCGAGCCAACAUGCCUCGGGCUAAACGAACCGCGUCCGUAUCGCAAUACUCGCCUCCGAGCAAGCGCGUAGCCAAUGACGCUGCGCGACACGAAUCUUCACAUCCGCUAGGGUCACGACACGCCCCAGUGGAGCUAGACUCGAGCCCGGAAGCGGAAGCCAGCACGCACACAGAGCCAGCGGGACCUAUCAACCCGCCCGCCCAAGCUGAGCCUCCUCUAAGCAAAGAGCAACAACGAGUUGUUGAUCUUAUCAUAGACGGCCACAAUGUAUUCUAUACAGGAUCCGCCGGCUGCGGCAAGUCAACCAUUUUGCGGGCCUUUGUCAAGGAACUGAAGUCGCUCGGCAAGGUCGUCCGUAUCUGUGCGCCGACAAACCUCGCCGCUUUGAACGUCGGUGGCUUCACGCUUUGGCACGAGGUAAAGCCCUACGUCUCUGGACAUCUGAUUGACGUCUGA